AUGUCCAUGCUCAGGGAGUUGAAGGAGACAGCUGGUCAGCUCCCUGAGGAAACCUCAAGGCCAUUAAAUCCCAAGAAUCCAGUUCCUCGGCCAGGACGCCACAGAAGGCCCAUGACGGCUCCAAACACCCCAAAAGAGAAGAGAGCGAAGAUCAAGAAAGUGUUGAUCACUACACUGACAGUUCUGUUGAUACUGGGCAUACUGGCCAUUGCAGCAUACUUCAUUAAAAACUUGAUUGAAAGCAAAUACUUCUUUUGCACACGGUCGGUGAAAUUCAUCCCAUUAGACAAAACCUGCGAUGGGCACAUUGACUGUGCAGGAGCAGAAGAUGAAAUUACCUGCAUGACGACCUUUAAAGUAAACACUACAUUUCCAGUGCGACUCCAGUCGAAUGAUCAGGUCUUGCAAGUUUACAGUCCAGACUCAGGUUGGCGGACUGUUUGUUAUGACGACUGGACCCAAGCGCACACACAGACAGCAUGUACACAACUGGGAUACACACUGAAGCCUACUAGCAAAAACAUCUUAGUAAGCUCCUUAACGUCAUCGAUGAAAACUGGACCAUUUACAGCUGUCAGGCCAGGGACCUCAAACACACCUAUACAACAAGCCACUGCUGACCGCAGUGUAUGCCAGUCUGGAUCUGUGGUAUCUUUAUCCUGUUCAGACUGUGGAAAUGUGGGCCCUGAGGAUCGCAUCGUUGGGGGCACUGAUACAUCCAUUGACCACUGGCCAUGGCAGGUCAGCCUGCAGCGGUCUGGCCAACAUACAUGUGGAGGCUCACUGGUGUCACCGCGCUGGGUAGUCACUGCUGCCCACUGCUUCACUGGAAGUAAUAAGGAGUUGAGGCAAUGGGCAGUGGUGUCAGGCCAGACAAGCAUAAUCGCACUGGGAGGCUCCUCUGUGGACAGAGUUAUAGUGAAUGCAGACUACAAUGCAGAAACAAAUGACUAUGACAUAGCACUGAUGAGACUCACUAGGCCGAUCACAGUGUCAGAUGUCAGAAGACCAGUUUGUCUGCCUCCUAAAGACUAUAUCAUUACAGCUGGAACCUACAUGACUGUGACAGGGUGGGGAUACCAACGGGAAAAUGGUGCAGUUGCUGACAUACUGCAGGAGGCCAAUAUCCCUCUGAUUGCUCAGUCAGUAUGUUCCAGCCCCACAGUCUAUGGUAGCGCCAUAACAAAUAGGAUGCUCUGUGCUGGCUUCCCAGAAGGGAAGGUUGAUGCCUGCCAGGGGGACAGUGGAGGCCCUUUGGUGCACAUCAGUGACUCCUGGAAUCUGGUAGGCGUGGUGAGCUGGGGUGAGGGCUGUGCCCGGAAGGGAAAGCCAGGUGUUUACUCAAACGUGGAAGUGAUGCUCAACUGGAUCCAAACAGUCAUUGAGGACUGCAGGUGUGAUACUUCUGACCUCAAGAUGAUUUAG